AUGGCGACCAGCGGCAGCAUCAGCACCACAUCGCAUCACAUCACAACACAUCACAUCAUCAUCACAGCACAUCGUCACAUCAACACAUCACAGAAUAUCAUCAUAUCACCAUCACAGCACAUUAUCACAUCAGCACAGCACAUCAAAGUCACAUCACAGCAUAUGCUGUUCAUCUGCGUCUCUGCUCUCACAGGGCUGAAGUGUAAUCUGGUGGUGUAUAAACCAGCGGAGCGGUCCGGGCAUCUCAACUGUGAGCUCUUCCACUGUCCGAGCGAGAGAGACUGUCCGCUGAUGACAGCCAGCGCCGGAGUCAACACCUACAACAUAUUCAAGGGUUUAACUCAUCCAACAACUAAAGGAAGUGGAAGAAUUACAGCCAAACCUGCAGCGCCUCAGCCGACCAUGACCAUGACUACACCCACAACAACUACAACUACACCCACAACACCUGCGACUGCACCCGCAACUGCAACUACAGCCACGACUACACCCACAACAACUACAACUAGACCCACGACUACACCCACAACACCUGCGACUGCACCCGCAACUACACCCACAAUUGCAACUACACCCGCAACUACACCCACAACCACAACUACACACGCAACUACACCUACACCUACAACUACACCCACAACUACAACUACAACCACAACACCUGUGACUACACCCGCAACUACACCCACAACUACAACCACAACUACACCCACGACACCAGCACCAACAACAACCAGCACCACCUCCAGCAGCAAAGCCACUGAAGCAGCGCUGACCGAGUCAGAAUCACCCGAGAUGCUGGAAACCGUCGCUAUGACGACCACAUCCACUACCACGGCAACCAGCACCACACAGUCCUCCUCCACUAAAAGCAGCAGCACUAAAGCGCCACGGACACCCAUCAAACCCAGCCGACCCAAGAAACCCAGCAAACCCUCGAGACCAGAGAUGCAUUCAGUGAAGCCCGUCAGAGCCACGACGCUCCCGACGAGCAGCACACCUGCAACCACAACCACAACCACGACCACAACCACAACUACAACCAUGACACCUGCAACCACAAGCACAAGCACAACUACAAGCACAGCAGCGGUGAUUGAGCUGGAGAGCAACCCGAAGCACCGGAAUUUCAGUCGUCCCAUUCUGUCUCUUCCAGGGAAGCCCAAGGUGUCUCGGGUGAUGUGGAAGAACAGCCUGGUGGCCAUCGUGGUGAUCACACUCGUCUUCCUCGCGCUCAUCCUCUCUCUGGCGGCCCGUAAAGCCAUGGAGUCGUUCGACAGACGCCACUACACCAGACUGGAGCUCAACGACCUGCACUACGAGGUUUAAACGCCAGCGACGCCACAGUCCAGUGGAGAAGUGUGUUUCCCGUUCGCUCUCUGGGGAAAAAGCUUUGUGUUUUAAUAUUUAGGCUGUUUGGUGUAGACACUGAACGCUGUCGACGCUUCAUCUGUGAAUGGAGAUUGAAGGAGAGAAAUCAAAAGCAAUACACUGAACUCAGGUGGAGUGAGAUGGUGAGCAGCAUCACUCCUGCACGACGUCUCUUUGGCUCAUGUUUAGUUUUCUCUGGAGAAACAUGGGUAAGGACGGGCUCCGCUGAGUUUCUUUCCCUGUGUUUUCCGGAUCCAGAGCACAGAUCUCCUUCACUAAUGGAUGUGCACCUCUAUCAUGUGCUUUAGUUCACGCGAGAUCCUCACAUGCGUCUCAUGUUUUCACUGUGUUUUGAUCUUAUUCUGCUUCGGUAUUUUCUAAUCUGUUAUUAUAUGUUUGUUGUUGGUGAGCCUUGGCUUUUACAGACACCUUGAGAUUAAUGUGAUUGUUUCUCUUGCAAGAAAUAAAAAUGAGUCUUUUUCAGUAUUUAAAAGAUUUGUUAUUAUAUUCUGAUUUAAAAAAAAAUAAUAAUAAAUGAAGAGUGCUGAAUUGUAUUGGUUCAGAGUUAUGCAAAUACACAAGCAACAGUAAAUGACAGACAAUAAUGUUUCAAAAGCUCUUUUAAAAUACUUGUUAGUGCAAACAAUGAUUAAUGCUGUUCUUUUGAACUUUCUGUUCAUCUGUGAAUCCUGAAAAAUAAAAUGUCUCACAGU